CUUUUUAGAUUUUAUUACUAAAUAAUAAUAUUUUAAUUUCAUCUUGUUCCUUUGCAAAGUUUGAGUUCUUCCAUCUCCUUUUAACCUAGCUAAUUUGCAACGGCAACAGAAUCCAAGCGCGCCACCACCGUAAUUCAAGCACGCCGCCGAUUGAAUGUGCAGCAGCGUCUAAGUUACAAGAAGAGCGGCUGAAUUUGUGUAGGUUUUAUCAGAGAUAUGGGUGAAAUUUGGUGGUCACUUAUAGGAGCAGCAAUCCCUGUAGUUAUUGCAGGACAAGCUUUUCGAGUGAAGAAAAAGAAUGCGGAAGAGCAGAAGUUGAAGAGUGUAAGAGGAAGAGAAAGGAGUUCUGAUGAAAUUUUUGUCUGUGAAAGGGUCUGCACCUCAAAGAGGAUGUUGAAAAAGGUUGGCUCUUUCUCAAAAGAUCCCAUUCCUGAUACUUGUGUGACUGUUUGCGGCGUAUCCGAUCUUGAUGCAUGUGCUGAUGCUUGUGCUCGCACUGUCUGUGUAAACCAACAUCAAGUACCUAAUUGGAAUGACAUAUGCCUGAGGAGAUGCCAGAGUGAAUGUCUUAAACUUUCUUCUCAAUCCUCUUAGCAGGUUAGUUGCAGUUAGGCAAUGAAAUAUGUACUUUAUGUAUUGAGUUUUGUUAUAGUUGUCAAUGAUUCGGCUCAUCACGCCAACUCCUGAAUCCAAAUUUAUUAUAAAUUCUAUUGAAAUGCAUCUUUUGUUUCUUGAA